AGCGGCGCGAUGGCGACACACGUUAGUCGAUUUUCGAUCGUUUCUGUUCGCUAGGCCUCAUACCUGUGAUCGGCUUUGAGUCGCCGCACUAACAGUCAGUAGAGUAUUAGUUGGAAACACCUGUAGACGCUAGUAUGUGAUUAAAAAUACUCAAUUGUAUCAGGGAAUGUUCAAGUUGUCAAAAUGCUCUGAACAUGGAUUUCUCCACCGGGCAGUGUGUUGUUCUCGUUGCCGCUGUUGUUGUUCCCGUUGUUGUUGUUGUUGUGCCCGAGCAUCCGCACAAGUGACCGCCGCACUCCGCAGUGACAUCAGAUCAAACAAAGGUUGCCAUUAGGAAGAAAAAGGACGCGACCAUAGGAAAAACGCUCAACAAUUAUUAAUAAUAAUUAAUAUAACAAAGAUAUAAAUACGGAGAACCUCUAGAGACACACCCGACAUCCCAAAGUUUCACUAACAAGCCAUAAAAGUGCCAUAUAUAAGAACGAAAAAGUAAACAAGUGCAAUAUAUAAAUAUAUUAUUAUUAUCAGUAGCAAAGUAAUUGCGGAUUAAGCAAAGCAUUACAAUUUGUUGUUGUUUGUUGUUGCUGAAGCGAAUUUUUUUCUCUUUAUUACAUUCUUCUUAUUUUGUUAUUUUCGCUAAUCGUGCAAAGUGAACUCUGUGAUAGACCCCAAGCCAUAAUAAAUAAAAAAUUAAAUUAAAUAACAUAAAAUAAUUUGAAAGAAAACAUUGAAUUCAUAAAAGAGAAUAAUAAUAAUAAUAUAAUAAAGGAAUUAAAAUAUGACGCGACGCAACAUUGAGAAUAUGUCCGGAUCGAAUUCCUCGCCGCCGAUGGUGUCGGACGUCAGCAUGAUGUCGCCGCCGCCACCCCAGGCGUCGCCGGCUAACAGAUCUCCGAUGCGCGACGCGCCUAGUCCACCUGCCAUGCUGGCCACUAUGACCCCCGUCAACGUGAUCGAGCUCAAGAAAGAAAUGGAUCAGAAACGUGCCAUCACCACCUCACCGAUAUACACUCAGGUUAAGACUGAAGUCAUGUACGAGAAGGACGACGACAUCUACGGACACGACGACAAGCACGACGCCCCCAUAGACCUGAUCUACGAGGACGGCAACAAGACGGUCAUAUACACGACGGCGCCGGAUCAGAAGGGCGUCGAGAUCUACUCCGCAGACAGCUCCAGGGAGAUCACGAUCAACAACAUCAAUGCCCACCACCAAAUGCACGGCACCCAUCAGAUCGCGGAUGUGCUCGUCGAUGGACAACCGAUGGUAGCAACAGGCGCAGGCGAUGCUAAUACCGUCUCCGUGGUGCUCCAAGGCAACGGACAGGGUCUUUUGCAGUAUCCCCAGAACCAGGUGCCCGCCACCACCGUCCUGGUGCUCUCUGAGCUCGUCGAGGACAUGUCCGUCCCCGUCGUCGGAAUCAGGAAGCGCAAGGAGGGAUUGGAGGGUCACGCGGUCGCGGGCACCGGAGAAGUGGGUCCCCGGGGUAUGGCAGAGCUGCCCGAGGGCGGCGUCCCUCCUGAGGACCAGCAGACUUGGAGGGCCUACUACGAGCACCCCCUGACUGCCGCCACAACGGCGAUGCUAAACAUCGGAGGCGGCGCCGAGGACCAGACUGCCACCAUGGGCCUCAUCUAUGAAUAUUACAAACUGCCUCCCCUCACGACAGACUCCAAAGACAAAUUGGCAGAUAUUUGGCCGACUAACUCACAAUCCAGUGGAAUCCUUUCGUCCCAGCUCAAAGCGCCCAACGGGUUAGUAAGUGGGACGGGCCUUGAGCUGACUCCUCCUCUGAGCAGUGCUAGUCAACUAAGCUCUCAAGAUAUCCAAGGUUUAUUUAUAAACCAGCACGUUGGGUACGCACAGCCAGGCGCUUCCGGUACGCAGAAUCUACAGAUCGUGAAACGGGAGCCGGAAGACUUGAGCCAUCACAGGAAGCUGGAGUCCAGUUCACCAGGACUGGAUGGAUCGAUCAUCGUGAGCAAGCAUCAGCAGAGGCACAAGGUCGUGCUGGUGUCCUCUGGUGGUAGCCAGCCCGGAGACUUGGUGGUGGAUGUGAAUUCGAUCAAAGAUGAGAGCCAUCGCGGCUUAAAUUCCCCGCAGCACGGAUCAAGAUCCGUCAACGGAACGCCGACGUCGACCCAUAGCAGUCUUUUGGCGGACGGUUCCAACGCCGGUCCCAUUGAGUUCAUUUCCACGGGCGAGCUGAAGCCUGCGAUGUACAGCACCCAAAUUUUCACACCCAUGAGUCACGGCCACAGUGGCAGUGGUACCCCGUCGCCAAUACCAUACAUUACCGACCACGUGACCCAAUAUACCCAAGGCGGUAUCGGAGGCGGUGCGGGUGGAUAUGGCACGAACGUCGUCAGACCGGGCAGCUCGGCAGCCUUCUCGGUGGCGGAGCCGUACUACCGCGAGUACUUCACCACCGUGGCCUCCGGAGCUGGCACCCCCGAACCUGUUUACUCUACCCAAUUGCGUCAGAGUCAGUUGACAUAUGGCGGUGACGAGGUGAUCACCGGCGCCGGAGGCGGUGGCGGAGGAGGAGGCGGUGGCGGCGCCGUUGGUGGCACCACCGCCAGCUUCGUCGAGCGCUAUGUACGACAAUCAAGUGCGUACCACGGUAAAGGAGUCAUAGCCGCCGCCACCGCCGCCGGCCUCACGGUGGAUCUACCGAGUCCGGACAGUGGCAUUGGGGCGGACGCAAUUACACCGCGCGACCAAAACACUAUGCAACAGUCGUUCGAUUAUACGGAACUCUGUCAGAACAACUCCGGUCUUCUGGAUCCGCUAUCCCUCAGCCAGCGUAGCAAUGCAUCGCAGUCACCAGGUUCACAGGCUAGCACACGGAGCCGACCUUGGCACGACUUCGGUCGCCAGAAUGAUGCAGACAAGAUACAAAUUCCAAAAAUAUUUUCCCCGGUCGGAUUCAAAUACCACCUGGAGACUCCGAUCUCGACUUCGCAACGGCGGGAGGAUGACCGUAUCACAUACAUUAAUAAGGGCCAAUUUUAUGGCAUCACCCUCGAGUAUGUGCAGGAUCCCGACAAGCAGCUCAAAUCGCAGACCGUCAAGAGCAUCGUGAUGUUGAUGUUCAGAGAAGAGAAGAGCCCCGAGGAUGAAAUUAAAGCCUGGCAAUUCUGGCACGGACGGCAGCACUCCGUCAAGCAGCGGAUCUUGGAUGCAGACACGAAAAACAGUGUUGGAUUGGUAGGAUGCAUUGAGGAGGUCGCACACAAUGCCAUCGCCGUAUAUUGGAAUCCCAUGGAGAGUGCAGCGAAGAUAAACAUAGCUGUUCAAUGUUUGAGCACGGAUUUCAGUAGCCAGAAGGGUGUUAAAGGCUUGCCAUUGCAUUUGCAAAUCGAUACGUACGAGGAUCCGCGAGACUCGAGCGUAUUCCAUAGAGGGUAUUGCCAAAUUAAAGUGUUUUGUGAUAAGGGCGCGGAACGGAAGACUCGAGAUGAAGAGAGGCGGGCGGCGAAGAGAAAAAUGACUGCAACUGGUCGCAAGAAGCUGGACGAAUUGUACCAUCCCAUGUGCGAGAGGUCCGAGUUCUAUUCGAUGACCGAUCUCAGUAAACCGCCUGUGUUGUUCUCGCCCGCUGAGGAUAUCGACAAGCUGGCGUCGAUGGAAUUGCAAGGGUUUUACAGUCACGACACGGAUGGUUCACUGAGUGGCUCAGUCCACAGCAAUGACCACGUGAAAUCAGCAUCCCCUUUCUUGCUGCAUACAGCAUCGAAACCCCCCACAACGCCCACGCUCAAGUUCCAUAAUCAUUUUCCACCAGACGCGGAUAAGAAGGACUCGAUCUUGGAUAAUAGUUUAAACACGGAUGGUGGCGUCUUUCCGCCACCGCUGAAGAGGGCGAAAAUGCUGGUAUCCAGCGGUAACGGCGGGGGUCUAGGCACAAGCUCCGGUCCUCCACCACUUAAUGAGCGUGUCAUGCUGUACGUUCGCCAGGAGUCGGACGAUGUCUACACACCGCUCCACGUCGUCCCUCCGAGUACGGCUGGACUCCUGAAUGCGAUUGAGAAUAAGUACAAAAUUUCUGCUUCGAGCAUAAAUAACUUGUAUCGCAAAAACAAAAAAGGCAUCACGGCCAAAAUUGAUGAUGAUAUGUUAGCGUACUACUGCAACGAGGACCUGUUCCUGCUAGAGUUAAAGGCAGUCGACGAAGACCUAUAUGACAUUACCUUUGUGGAACUCUGACCCGUACUCUCUCCCUUGUUGUGAUUGUUUUCAUUCUAAUGUUUAAGAACAAAAUGUUGAUUACAGAUUUUAUUAUUAUUAUUAUUUUAUUAUUGAUUGUUUAUAGCUUCUAGAGUAUUAAAAUCAUCAUUAUCCAAUCCAAUCAUAAGUUAUUGUUAGUUACUUACAGUUACAGUUAUUAUUAUUUUAUUUUUUUUUUAAUUAUUAUUAUUUUUUUAUUUUGUUUUAUAUAUAUCACGAGAUCACUGUUUUAUUUGAAAAAUAUGAGUUGUGAUCAAGUAGCAUUCAAUGUAAUUGCGUGUGUCAUGUUAAAUGAUCUCUGACAGUGAUGGUCGGAUCCAUGGGGUGUAACUGUAAAACUGUAUGUAAAUAGGUUUAAGCAUCAUACUCAUGAAGCCAUACACCAGCCAUCUCCCCAUAUUUGCUUGAAAUUGAGAAAACGUACCUGACUUAUGCUUUACUCGUAUCGUAACGUAACAUAACAUAUGGACGUGACGCCAAGUUGGGGCCCAACUGACUGAGGGUCUCCCCUAUAUUACAGACAGCUCUCUAAGCAUGCCCAUAAUCUGCCAACUACUAGGAUAGCAACUUUAUGUUGAUAAACUUUCGCAAUAUUAUAAGUUAGGUUUUUUUUAUAAAAAUGUAUUUUAUAAUAUAAUUGAUUUUCUAAAAUAAACUAUAAAAGCAGAAACACCCCUUCAGCUCUCAAUUCAUUUCGACAUUCUCCCACAGAACAGGACGAACAUAAUAUAAAGAAACAAACAAAUAGAGAUGAACAACAAUAGCCAGAACAAUUUGCAAUAUAACAACAAAAACACACGUUUAACUUGGCUUCAUGAGCAUUCAUCUUAAACUAAGUUACUACCUAACGUCGACAGGCACUCACACCCGAAUAACAUGAGCUUCAUGUAGCAAAAUAAAGAGAC